AUGGAGAACCGGCCGGGGUCCUUCCAGUACUUCCCGGUGCAGCUGCAAGGGGGGGCGCCCUGGGGCUUCACCCUGAAGGGGGGCUUAGAGCACUGCAAGCCGCUCACGGUGUCGAAGAUUGAAGAUGGAGGCAAGGCAGCCUUGUCCCAGAAGAUGCGGACUGGUGAUGAGCUGGUGAAUAUCAAUGGCACUCCAUUGUAUGGCUCCCGCCAAGAGGCCCUCAUCCUUAUCAAAGGCUCCUUCAGGAUCCUCAAGCUGAUUGUCAGGAGGAGAAACAUCCCCGUCAGUAGGCCGCACUCAUGGCAUGUGGCCAAGCUAUUGGAGGGGUGCCCUGAAGCGGCUACCACCAUGCAUUUCCCUUCUGAAGCCUUCAGCUUGUCUUGGCAUUCUGGUUGCAACACAAGUGACGUGUGUGUGCAGUGGUGCCCCCUCUCCCGGCACUGCAGCACUGAGAAAAGCAGCUCAAUCGGCAGCAUGGAGAGCCUAGAACAGCCAGGCCAAGCUACCUACGAGGGUCACCUCUUGCCUAUCGACCAGAACAUGUACCCCAGUCAGCGUGACUCGGCCUACAGUUCCUUCUCAGCUAGCUCAAAUGCCUCUGACUGUGCCCUUUCCCUUAGGCCAGAGGAACCACCCGCCACAGACUGUGUCAUGCCAGGCCCAGGGCCAACUAAAGCCACCGAUGGCCGAGCUAAUGCAUGUGAGACCUCAGAAAGUAGCCACAGUACUAGUGGGGACCGUGGGACCUCCACUUCCCAAGAGUCAUCCUGUCCAGAGAAGGGUCAACACUCAGGACCUGCCAAGAUGGUACAAGGUCCACCAGAGCCUCCUGUGAGGCGGGACAGCCUUCGGGCCUCUAGAGCUCAGCUCCUCAAUGGAGAGCAGCGCCGUGUGUCUGAACCUAUGGACUCCUUGCAACAGAAGGAGAAACAAGGCUUAGAGACACUGCUGCCUCCAAGGAGCCCUAACCAAUUCUGCUGCGUAAGUGGGCAAAACCAAGUGACAGGCGAGGGCCACCAGAACUGUGAGCUCAGCCAGCCUUCUGAAUCCAGCCAGGAGGACUCUGAGCAUCUACUGAUAGAGGGCUCCUCCAAAGCGCUUGAUUCCCCAAAAACCCAUGACAAGGGUUCUAGCAGAGAGUUCAGCCUGCUCAAGGAGGCUUCAGCAGAUUUGGCUAACCCUUUGUCCUUUGGUGCCAUCUCACACCUCCGAGGAAGCACAGAGCAUUGCCAUAGUGCUCCGGAACAGCUGCUGGCGUCCCAGUUGCAGCGCAUGCGCGUGGAUUCCAGAGGUGGCAAGGGGAUGGAGUUGCCAGCUGGGCAGGAUGGGCACCAGUGGACGGUGUCCCCUUUGCACAACAACCCUAAGGGAAAGAAAAGUCUAGGUCUCCCUACAGGAGACCCUCAGGACCAGCCUAUCAAAGAAAGGAAGGCCAGGCCCAUAGAUGAUAAGGCGAUGGGUCCCGUGUACCAGAGCCAAAGUGGUUCCCCACUUGGAGAGGUCAAUGGACCCCUGCCAGAACGAACUUACUUAGACCCAAACCGAGCAAGCAGAGCAGGCAGUGACUUGGCUAGCCAGCAGCCCUCUGCCACUUGCUCCCCUAUUCAACAAGCCAGAGACGUCUUUUCAACCUCUAAAGUGGCUGGUCAUGCAGAAGCAACUGAAGAAGGUGACAGUGAACCCAAGGAAGGUGGCCGAUUAGGUGGCAGAAAGAGUGGAGGUCCCCGGGGCCGCUCCAUCCAAAACCGGCGGAAGAGCGAGAGGUUUGCUACCAAUCUUCGUAAUGAAAUUCAGAGGAGGAAAGCCCAGCUCCAGAAAAGUAAGGGUCCAUUGUCACAGUUGUGUGACACUAAGGAGCCAGUUCAAGAGACCCAAGAGCCUCCAGAAAGCCCCCCACUCCCUGCUUCUAACUCGGCUCUCCUGUCUUCAUAUAAAGAAGUCCCUAGCCCGGGAGACAAGCUCUUCAAUAAAAGCAUGAUUCUCAGGGCUAGGUCUUCAGAAUGCCUCAGCCAAGGCUCAGAGAGCUCCAAAGCUAGAGUAGGCUUAGAGGGAAGGCUAAGCCCUGGCCAGAGGUCCGGCCAGUCUUCUUUGAGCCUGAACACCUGGUGGAAGGCAUCUGACUCACCCUCCUUAGACACUGACAAAGCAAAUGCUCCCCCUGGAGUCUGUGGAGGUCAAUGGAGAUGGUCGCCAGAAUAUAACCCACAGGCUCAUGUGCCACUAUCCACAGAAGGUCCUUCCAGCCCAGAUGACAGCAAGGAACUGAAGGCAUCUACUGCUCAAGCUGGGGAAGAAGCCAUUCUCUUGCCGUUUGCAGACAGAAGAAAGUUCUUUGAAGAGAGCAGUAAAUCCUUGUCUACAUCUCAUUUGCCAGGCUUAACCACUCAUAGCAACAAGCCUUUUACCCAGAGACCAAAGCCUAUCGACCAAAACUUCCAGUCAGUGAGCUAUAGGGAAUUGAGAUGCCAUCCCCUGGACCAAUCAUAUCAUUCCACAGACCAACCAUACUAUGCCACAGACCAAUCAUAUCAUUCCAUGUCACCACUUCAGUCAGAAACUCCCACUUACCCAGAAUGCUUUGCUACCAAAGGCCUAGAAAAUUCCCUGUGCUGUAAGCCACUGCACUGUGGGGAUUUCGAUUACCACAGGACCUGUUCCUAUUCCUGCAGUGCUCAGGGAACUGUAAUGCAUGAUCCUUGCAUUUAUUGUUCUGGAGAAAUCUGCCCUGCAUUGCUAAAGAGAAAUUUGUUGCCAAAUUGCCUCAACUGUAGAUGUCACCACCACCAAUGCAUUCGAUGUACAGCUUGCUAUCAUAAUCCUCAGCAUGGUGCCCUUGAGGACAGCAGCCUGGCAUCUGGCAGUGCUUGGAAAUCCAGGAAGUCAGCAAUACAGGAAUUUCCUGGGGACAAGUGGAAGCCAAUAACCAGCAACAGGAAAACUAGCCAUUCAGGGAGGGAAAUGGCUCAUUCUAAGGCCAGCUUUUCAUGGUCUACUCCCUUCCACCCUUGCCUUGAAAACCCAGCACUGGACUUGUCAAACUACCGAGCAAUCUCAUCUCUUGACCUCCUUGGAGACUUCAAACUCGCCUUGAACAAAGCAGAGGAAUCUUCAGUUUAUGAAGAUGGGAGUUCUGUUGCCUCCAUGCCCCGCCCACUGCGAAACCGAGCCUUCUCAGAGAGUCACAUCAGCUUGGAACCUCCAAACCCCCGGGCCUGGGGCAUGCCUCAGAGGGAGCCAUUUACUAAAGGCAGUGAGACUCAGCCAGAACUCCUUGGGGCCCGAAAGAAGGCUUUCCCUCCCCCUCGCCCUCCUCCUCCCAACUGGGAAAAAUAUAGGCUUUUCCGUGCAGCCCAGCAGCAGCAGAAACAGCAGCAGCAACAACAACAACAGCAGCAACAACAACAGCAGCAGCAACAGCAACAGCAGCAGCAGCAGAGGUGUGAUGAGGAAGUAGAUGAGAAGAAGGAGCAAGAGCAGGAGGAGGAGGGACGGAAAGAAGAUGACCUACCACCCCAGUAUUUUAGUUCCGAAACCACUGGUUCCCAUGCCCCUAAUCCAGAUGAGGGCCUGGAACAGCCACAACCCCUGAAGGUGGGCCACCUGGAGGCCUCAAGGCAGUCCUCACAGAGUCUCCCAGAGCAAGAGGUCUUUGCUCGUCAUCCCAGUGAUUUUGUGCCUCCUGUAAGGGGCCACACUGGAGCCCAGCCUGAGAAAGCUCAACCUCCUUGCUAUUAUGGCGCUCGUGGAUUGUGGAGGACAACUGAGCAGGAAGCCACUGUGACCCCAAAACAAGAGUUUCAGCACUUCUCACCUCCUCCAGGGGGCCCAGGAAUCUCUACCUCUUACUCAGCAUAUUAUAAUAUCUCUGUGGCCAAGGCAGAACUGCUGAAUAAAUUAAAAGAGCAGCCCGAGAUGGCAGAGGCAGGCCUGGGAGAGGAGGGAGUUGACUAUGAACUGGCUCAAAAAAAGAUUCAGCUCAUUGAAAGCAUUGGCCGGAAACUUUCUGUCCUGCGGGAGGCCCAACGAGGGCUCCAGGAUGAUAUCAAUGCCAAUUCUGCCCUUGGAGAAGAGGUAGAGGCCAACUUAAAAGCUGUCUGCAAAUCCAAUGAGUUUGAAAAGUAUCAUUUGUUUAUUGGGGACCUGGACAAAGUGGUCAACCUGUUGCUGUCACUCUCUGGACGACUGGCCCGGGUAGAGAAUGCUCUCAACAGCAUCGAUUCAGAGACCAGCCAGGAGAAGUUGGUGCUGAUAGAGAAGAAGCAGCAGCUGACAAGCCAGCUGGCAGAUGCCAAGGAGCUGAAGGAGCACGUGGACCGCCGGGAGAAGCUGGUGUUCGGCAUGGUCUCCCGAUACCUGCCUCAGGACCAGCUCCAAGAUUACCAGCACUUUGUGAAGAUGAAGUCUGCACUCAUCAUUGAACAGAGAGAGCUGGAGGAGAAGAUUAAACUUGGGGAAGAGCAACUUAAAUGCCUCAAAGAGAGCCUGAACUUGGGGCCCAACAAAUUCUAA